AUGGCGGAUACAGCCCAAUAUCUAAACGACCGUUUCCAACGAUUUAUGCAUGGCAUCGGCGAGCGCUAUGAGCCAUUCAUCCGUCAGCACCUGUCUAAGGUGUAUAUGGUACUGGCUAGCACCACCGCUGCUUCGGCAGUCGGCGCCCUGGUCCAAAUGCGUGGAACUUUCGAUAUGGGCAUGUUAGCGGCCAUUGCUUCAUUGGUGCUGGUUCUUGGUCUGCACUUUUAUAAAGAUGAUGGCAAAAACUAUUACACACGCUUGGGAAUGCUUUAUGCUUUUGGAUUCUGUUCGGGACAAACAUUGGGUCCAUUGUUGGACUACAUUUGCAGCAUUAAUCCGGCGAUUAUCCUAACUGCACUAACUGGGACAUUUGUAACUUUUGGUUCCUUAUCGCUAGCCGCUCUCCUUGCCGAACAGGGCAAGUAUUUGUAUCUGGGUGGCAUGUUAGUGAGUGUUAUAAACUGCAUGGCUCUGCUCAGUCUCUUCAACAUGAUCUUCAAAUCAUACUUUGUCCAAAUUACUCAAUUAUACGUUGGCGUCUUCGUAAUGGCUGCCUUCAUAGUGUACGAUACCCAAAAUAUUGUGGAAAAAUGCCGCAUGGGCAACCGCGAUGUGGUACAACAUGCAUUGGAUCUUUUCUUCGAUGUGUUGAGCAUGUUCCGUCGUUUGUUGAUUAUCCUAACGCAAAAGGAGGAACAAAAGCAGAAUGAUCGUCGCAAGAAGAAGCAAUAAGAAAGAUGAUCUACUGACAAAUUUUAAAUGAUAAAAUUUUAAAAUUCAAAUAAAAGGAGGGCCCGUGCUAAUCUUUUGGCUUUCUAUUAUAUAUUACACCAAAAUUUAAUAUAUGGUACACGAAAACCAUGCAAAUCCCGACCUAAUUACCAUCUAAUAAAACUCAAUUCAUUCAAAAGACUAUAAAUGUAA